CGCAUGGCAGUCAGCCGUUAGAGCUUUUUCGCAAUUUUAACAAAAAUUACGAACAUUUGUGAAGUAAUUUUAAAGCGUUAAGAAAGUAAACUAACAACAGAUUCAUUUGCGAAUAUCAGACUUUAUAUAAUGUUCCUGGAAAGGCAUUUUUGGCCGAUGACAUUUGAAAAACUACAUUACCCAUGACCCCCUGCGCGACAAUACACUCAGGGUCAAAGUGCGAUACAAAAUCAGAUUCGUGUGCUUCUUCGAGGCAUGGCGUCAGACGGAGUGGUGGUGCUCUCAGAUGAGGGGACCAACUUGACAGACACCCCCCGUCCAGAGGCAGGGGUCCCCGCUGAGCCCACCUGUGAAAGAGACACCUUAAAACCCACAGCAGAAUCAGCAGAACAGGAUGAGAACGGAGUCACCGUUUGCCGGUUUUUCCUGAUGGGAAAGUGUCAUUUUGGCCACAGAUGUCGUUUCUCUCACAGUAACCCAUCCACAGAGGAUUCAGGAGCUGUAACACCUGACCCGGAUGACAAACAGGAUGAAGAAACGACAGAAAAACACAAGAAAAAAGUGAACAAAGCAUCAAAGCCAAAAUAUGAGACAGAAGUGGUGAACAAAAAGCCUCGCAUGCGCACAGCAGAUGAUGUUAUUUCUCGGAUCCUGUGGGAUUCCUCUGUGGAAGGAUCAGAAUUUGUAGUGGGGUAUGUGGACCGGUUCCUCGGGGUGCUGGAGCGUCCCUUCAAUGACUUCAACUGGGACACGGACCCCUGCGACUGUGAUUACUCCUCUGAGCUGGCCCUGCCCAGACACAGGAUCCAGUACUUCACCUACAGAGGGCACCGCGUCUGGGACCGCCACAGCAGGACUGACAGGGUGUUUGGCUCCACCGGCCAAUCUCUGGCUCCCCCCUUUGGAGGGGAGGAGGAAGUAAAGGAAGUCCAAGAGCAACAACAGGACGGCCUUGACACAACAGAGGAGCAGCCACCUGCUGUCAGUGGGCAGGAAGGGAAUGAAACGGAGCAGUGUGCUCAAACUGAGAACAAACAUCUGGAAGAAGAGAGGCAGAUGAAAACUCACACUUCUGACGCAACACAGCCAGCCCCAAAGUGCCGAGGAAACACUUCUCAGGAACAACAGGAAGCAGCAGGAGGAGCAGCAUGUGUUAUGGAGGAGGCUGAAAUUAGACCUGAGGCUUCUACAGACCAAAUGUCUGUCUCCCAAAAAGAGGGCACAUGCGUAAAAGAGGAGGGUGGGGAAGAGGCAGAAUGGAAAGAAACCUGGGACAGCCAUGAAAAUGAAUUGAGCUGCAUCGGAGCCCUGGACAUCGGCGAGAACCCCUCAGCACCUCUGGAGCAGAGAGAGGAGAAGCGAGGGGGUCGUCCGCCUAAAAAACGACCCACACACUUCAUCACCUUUCGAGCCAACACUCCUGGUAUCCUCUCCUCUUUCCAGCAGCUGCAGGAGGAGGUCACCUCCCUCCUGCCCUCCUCUGCCCCUCACUGGCAGACCGCCGCCAGCCUUCACGUCACCAUGUGCCUCUUGAAGUUGUCCGGCCCGGCGGAGGUAGCCGCCGCUGGGGAGAUUCUCCGAAAGUUCGCCCAUUGGGAUCGUAACCCUCCUGUGGUUCUGAGCUUCCCUGUGAAGCUUAAACAUUUCGGCGGGAAGGUGCUGUACCUGAGCCCGCAGCCUCAGCUUCACCUCCAGCAGCUCAACAGUGGCCUGCAGGAGGCCUUCAGGAAGGAGGGCUGGCUCCACAAGGACUCCUUCAACCCACGCUACCACCUCACCCUGGCCAAGGUAGAGGGCAGGGAGGGAGAGAGGGUGUUUGAAGGGGUCGGGGACCUGAAGUUGGGGAAGGGUUUAAAUUUUGGCCGUCUGCCUAUAAACACCUUACACCUUUGUGCCAUGGGAAUGUCCAGAGUAGAUGGUUUUUAUGAGACCGUGUGCUCAGUAACUCUUCGAUGAGUGAGCCAUUUCACAUACUGUACACACACUACAUGCAUGAAUGUUCAAACAAUGGGAGCAAUGCCACUGAGAUUUGCACUAGCCAUGUGACCUUAUCAGCCACAUCUGAUGUUUGUGUUUUAAUUGCGUUAUUAAAUGCAGAUAAAAUGCACUUCUAAAGGUAUCCUGGUUCAAUACUAAGAUCCCACUACACUUUAAUUAUAAUCUAAUUAAAUAAUAUAUUUAUUGUCCUUAGUAAAUACAUUUUUAUCUGUUAAGGAGCUAUGUUAUUUGUCAUAUAUUGAUGUUUUUAAGAUUAUACAGGGAUUACAGGGACUUGAUAAUGCAAGCUGAUACAAUACAUCCAGAACUUGCUGAAAGCACAAAUUUUUACUUUGCCUGCCUGAACAGAAGAAUAUCAAGACUAAAAACAAAAGCACUUAAUUGUCUUACUUUUUAUUGGUUUAGUUGAUAGAAGUUAAAAUGCACAAUAAAGUAAAGUUUCAAAUAUAACACAUAAUUCAAAUUAAAAACUUACAUUAUUAUCAAUCAAUCACUCGAUUAAAGUGAUAAUUUUCCAAUAUUUCACCACAGUGUGGGUAGUAUAAGUGGAAGAACUGUGUUUCACUUUCUUCCAUUUUUUCCCCGCUCAUUCACCAGCCAAAAUCCGAGUUUUGGCUGGUGAAUAACCAGACUGCCCACAGAGCUGGUUGAAAAUCACCAAAGUUUCACUUUAAAAGAAAAUCACUUCUGUAAUUCAGUCUUCUCCACUGUUCAACUCCAAUUUUUGAACACUGUGAAAAAGAUAAUAAAAACAGAUUGCAAUUAUUUGCCAAUCUUUUGUGACCUACAUUCAACUCAAUACAGUACAAAGACAAGUUAUCUAAUGUUCAAACUGGAAAACGUUUGUUUUUUGAAAAUGUAUUCACAAAAUUUGUGCAUUCUGUUUUUAUAUGGGUUUUAAAACGGGGUCCAAACCA